UGGCUCGUUAAUCAAUUCUGGUUUUAUUUCGACUCUUUUUGUUUCAUUCAUUUUAAACAAGAAUCAUUUCAAAAACAAUAAAAAAAAUGAUAGCAAAAAGUUCCGAUUAUCGUCGGCCAAAAUUUUUCAUUCAUUGUUGGAAUAUUAAUUCCUUAAUACUAAUGAUGAUGAUGAUGAUGUUUUUGAUGCCAUCAUCUGUCACAAUGAAAUCAGACAGCAUAAAAAUGGAAGUUGAUAAUGUUGGCAGUAUUACAAGCGAUAAUCCAAAUGAAACUUGUUUAUCAACUUUUAAAAUGCAAAUGAUAUUAUUGUUGGAUAUUAUGGGCUUAUUAUGUUUAUUAUGGAUAAUUUUCGGUAAACAUCGUCGACCAGAAUUGAAACAAUCAUUGCGUACAUUACAAACAUCAAUGAAAACGGCGGCUACGGCUGCUGCACAACAAGGUGGACAAUUAAUGACGACUGUUUCACAGAAUACACCAGAUUCAAUUAAAUCAGGCAUUAAUCGUGCACAAAAAGUAAUUGUUUCAGGUGCAGGAACAUUGGCAAAUGAAGCCGGACAUGUUGUCAAACAAGUACAAACUCAAGUGUCUCAGGUUGCUAGUUCCGCUGGUGUUGUUUCUCAACCUAAAGAAAAACAAGCACCGCCAACUAAACAAGCACCGCCAACUAAACAACCCAAUUGAAAUUGUUGCAAAUGAAAUGAAGAGAAAACGCAAAUAGAGAAGGGAAAAUUUUUAUUGAUUAAAACUGAAUUUCAUGUAUAAAAAUUAAUUAU